AACUUCUCAACUUCUUGUGAAAUGGAGAAAUAGUCACGUUAAUAAAGAAACUAUUCACUAUAACCACACUAUCACAGAUCUACCUACCUACCUACCUCCAGUCAAUCGGUUGUACCACACCUAACUCGCGAGUCUUAGUCCCAUCCACUUAUCUACCUAUUUUCGAGCACUAUUUAUGUCGAGUUUCGACCACCAUGAAUAGUUCCAAGUUUCAACCGUCGCUGGAUUUCGUGCUGGGAUUACAAUCGAAAAAGCCAUGGCUGUAGCCCAUCAUUUGAAGCGGAAGCUUCAAGGUCAAUUUCAACAAUGGUUCGCUACGGUGGCGGCCAACCUCCAGAAAAACAAUCUCUGGAGGAGAAUCAUCAAGAACACCAUAUGUACCACCAUCAACCUGAUAAUUGGCCUUAUUCCGGCGGUUAUCGCCAUAUAUGGAAAGUCGACAUAUCUUGGGGCUAUGGCUUCGGUAUUUGGACAUCCAGGGCAACGUUUCGGCCAGAUGACCGAAUCUCUGAUGCUCAUUACCCUUGGAUCCUUCUUCGGGAUUGCCUGGGCUAUCCUAGGUCUUUACCUUUCUAGCCUCGUUCAUCAGUCCAACAUUCAAGCAGCUUUGGCCAUCAAGGCGAUUUUCUUCACAUUAGCCUUGUUGUUUCAUGGUAUCACACGCUCAUCAGCGCCUAGGCUGUUUUUGUUUGUGUUUUUCUUCUUGCUCAUCAACAUUACCAUCUUGACGGGCACUACCGUUUCAGUAUCAUCCACCAUUGUCACGAACAUAGCUUAUCCUAUCCUCACGGCAGUCGGUGUCAUUAUAUUUGUAAACAUCACUGUUUUCCCUGAAUUUUCAAGUGGUUUCCUGGGAAAGUCCACGAUAGAAACGUUGUGUGCGACAGUCAACUGUUUUCAAGAGUCCGGAGACUGGUUUAUGUCAGAUUCUAAACAACCGGACGGAGAGGAUGCAGAAAAGGAAAAGGCUGCUUCGAUAAUAUUACGAACCAAGCUUAUAGCCUUAACCGAGAAGAAGGCCAAAUUAAGGGCCCAGCUUGGUAGCUGUAAGAAAGCUCAAGCAGAGAGCAACUUUGAAUUGGUCUUCGCGGUUCUUCCACCACGGUCAUUGAAACCAAUUAGCAUGACCUUGAUGUCACGCCUUGUCCAAAUUACCAUUUGCCUCAUCAAUGCUUGCGAAAGUAAAUAUGCUCUAGCGGGACAUAAAUAUGGAGAGGAUGAGCUGGAAGAGCCAGAACAGCCAGACGAAAAGACUACCAACGACUCGGACUCUGAAUCCGAGUCGGAUAGCGACUCCGACAGUAGUUCUGAAAGCGGCAGCGACGCUGGAAAGUCGAAGAAGACCAAAAAGUCCCGGCGAAAAUCCAAAUACGCACAAAACAUCGAACUCAUUAAACCAGUUCGGGAAAUCGAGUCUGGUGACAUUGAGCUCCUGGAGCAUAUCCUUUGCCAAAUUCGCGGACCAGCCAAAGUCCUUCAAGAACAAAUACAAGCAGCAACGUAUGUAAUAUCCUCUGCUCUAGCAUAUUGCUACGAUGUACCCCGUCUCCCAUCGGGCGCUCCAACCCCUAAGGGUAUCCCCUUAGAAGAAAUUGAUCUCCGAGUAAACAUGUUUGCAGAAGCAUUGCUACAGUUCGAUCAAGAUUCCGCAAUGGCUCUUGAGCAUGCUGCGUGCAUAGAAUAUGGUCGAGAAUCACAUGGCGAUAUUAUGCCACGGAUGGAGACGCAUUUGAUCUCCUCGUUUUUGAUCAGCGUUCGACAAGCAGCUAGCCAAACCAUGGAUAUGCUAAAACAUUCGCGAGCUCUUGUUGAGCGAAGACAAUCGAGGAACAACCAUCGUAGGCUUUAUUUCCCAAGGAUUGGUUGGAAAAAGUGGCUGGCAAGCGGCGGAGAACACGACGUAAACGCCCUUCCCGAAACGGCAAGAAAGGAGGCAAGAACAGGCCACGGCUUGAAAGAAGACCUGAACAUAAAUGAGAAGGGCGCAGACGGUAGCGAAGAGCAGCUCCUCAGACAUGCUGAAGAUGAAGAGACUGGCCACGUUAUCUCGAAGCAACCCACAUUUCCUGAAAAGGGCAGGAUUCCGAUGCGGAAAGGCCCCCAGAAAUCAGAAGCUAGCAAUGCUCUGUGGUUACGUGGCUUGGCUGCCGAUAUAGUCGAGUUCUUUGCCGAAUCUGAUGACCUCGCCUACGCCCUUAAAAUGUGUAUUGCUGCAUUUAUUAUCACAUGGCCUGCAUUCGUGCCGGCGACAAAUGCCUGGUAUAAUUCGAUCCGAGGAUCUUGGGCAUCUCUCCAAUUAGUCCUUGUUUUCGAAGUCUCCGUUGGAACUUCAUUUCAAGGGUUUUUCCUUCGGGUGUUUGGCGUCAUAUUUGGCUGUGUUGUUGGUUUCCUUGCUUACGAAAUAGGCCAAGGAAAUCGUAUCGUCGCCGUGGUCGUUUUGGUAUUCGGUAUUAUACCCUCUUCAUACAUCCACCUCGGUACACCAUUUGUCAAAACGGGCAUUAUCUCCCUAGUCAGUAUGUCCGUAGUCGGACUUGCAACAAUCCUUCAGCCAUCCGGAGACCAGACAUGGGAGAUCUUCGUCAAACGGAUGGUAUGCUUCCUUGUUGGCGGGACAAUCGCACUACUAGUUGAGAUGUUUCUUUUCCCUGUCCGAGCUCGAGAUAGGCUUGUCGAAUCUCUAGCCUCAACAAUCCAACAGAUUUCGCAAAUGGAGAGUUCAGUCGCCGUUGGUAUUGACUCGCCUCAGAAUGUCGAUAUCAAAUCUCAUGCAUUAAGCGAUAACUUCAAGGACGCUAUGGAAAAGGCUGAGGAAGCCCUUACAGCAGCCCGUACGUUCUUGCCGUUUUGCCUGACAGAGCCGAGAAUGAAAGGCAGUUUUAAAGGGCAAGCGUUGAUAUAUGGCGAGAUGAUAUAUGUCCUGUUCCAAAUCAUCGAUCGCAUGGACAAUAUGCUUCACCUCCGCAAGGCAUACGGAAGCAGUGUGAUCGAGGAGUUGAAUGCUGAUGUCUUACCAUACCGUCGCAAUGUCGCUGCUAGUAUGAUGCUUACACUGUUCGCUGUCAGCGAGGCUCUAACAACGCGACUACCUCUCCCUCAAUUCCUACCAUCUAGUCGUGUCGCACAGUUGCGAUACAUCAGCCGAGUCCGCGAGCUUCUGCUUGGGGGCAUAGUAAAAUCGGCAUACAAUAGCGGUACUCAUUCGCCGGCAACAACCACCGGGGGUUCUAUCCCACUCCAACCACACGUUUUGAAAUCGAUGACUCGACAGAGUUUCCUAUCGUGGAAUGCUAGUUCUGCGGGCAUGAUGGAAAUUAUCGAGUAUUUAGAAGAACUCGUAGACCUCGCCAAGCUGUUGGUUGGGGUCAACGCAUUCCGCAGCGGAAUGCUGGAGCGCCCCAAAUUCCACGAAUAUGCGCGGAAAAUCAAGGAGCGCGAGUCGGACCGCAACGCUGCUGCUGCCGCUGCAGCGCAGGCAGAGGCGGAACAGCAGAACGUCCAGAUGACGAAGAGCAAAUCCGGAAGCAGCUUUAUUCGCAGGAGACGUGGCUUUACGCUAGGUAAAAUGCCGUCUCAUGGAACCGUUACGGGCGCGGCCUCUAGCUUGGGAGUCGAUGCGAAUAUGCUGAGGCGAACGUCGACGGCGCUAUGGGGCCAUGAUGGCGCGGCGGAUGAUCAUGAGGAGGCGGUGGACGAUUUGCCUAUGAGCCUGCAACGCGUUAUGACGAAACGGAUGGAGGGUAGGCAACGUGAAAGGAGGGAGGCCAGGGCGAGGCGGGAUACGAAUGAUCCUAAGGGAAAGCGCCCGCUGGUACGGCCGUCGGCAACGUGGGCACUUUAGGGCUGGGGGGAGGUCGCGUUUAUACCCUUUUGCGUUGAUGGUUUGGCUGAUUGUGGAGUUCGGGAACGAAGUCGUUGCUGGAUUUUGGGAAUGAGAUAUGAGGCAUGCGAAACAUAUUAAUGUGAUGAGAUAGUUUGGAGGUAGCUGAAUUGCGAGGCGGUUCAGUCGCGAAUACGUAGCACAUCCCCUUUUUUGUUGUCACCGGAGUGGUAGCAAACUUAGUUGGCAAACAACAUGCUAAUAUUACGAUUUAGUACAUCA